AUGCUCGUUAACCUCUUUAAGUCCCAUAAAGAGCGUCCAGUUGACCCUGUAACGGAAUGCUCAUUCAAUGAUGGGACACCUAGCCCUGAUAAAUCUAGCAUACCAGAGUGUCCAGUCAAGAAUCACAACUCAUCGCAGCUUCGUAGACCUCAAAGCCAUGACGAAGAGAGGAAGACCAAGUUUUACUCAAGGAUUUGCAACAAGGUGAUCAACUCCAUCAAUUCAAGGACUUUCAAAGUGCUAAUGAUACUAGCAGCGGUAUUGAAUGUGCUACAACUGAUAGCCUUCUUCCUCAUUGGGGUUUUGUACCUGCCUAAACGUACUAAGAAAAACCUAAAGAACGAUGAUAUAUACUUCAUGAUGGAUCACGUCGCUGAUAAUUACAUAGACUACGACUUCUUUCUCAACGAAUCUGUUCUUUAG